AUGUCAACCCCUUUUUCACUACAUGGACCAAACACCAUCCUUGAACUUUUCAAGCAGGCUCAGAUCGAAGCUCUCCCCCAUGGCCCGAUAGCCCGCCGGGUUGAGAUGAAGAUAGUCGCCCGUGUCGUAGGCAGGGAGCAGCCUCGUCUGGUUGCCUGGAUCCCUGACCAGGGCGUCAAAGUCGACGACGGCAUCGAACCUCCCCGACGUCCUGAUCCACUCGUUGACGGCCAGCCUCGUCACCUCGCGCGCCGGCUCGCCGUACGCCUGGCCCGGCCCGCUCAUGGGCGUGAUGGUGGCGCCGAACACGGCGACGCCCUUGGCGUGGCAGCGCGCAAUCACCUGCUCGUACGCCGCGAUCAGCCGCUCCCGCACCGUCUGCUGCGCCGCCGUGGUGGCCGCCGCCGUCCCGAUGUCGUUGACGCCCUCGAAGAUGACCGUGUACCGCAGCGCCGACGACGCGAGCACGUCCCGGUCGAUUCGGGAUAG